AUGCUGUCACGCGCCCGCAUACGCAGCCUGGUGCAAAUCAUUGUUGGUGACGUGCAGCCGAUCACCAACACCAAGGUACAAAAGUUCAUCCGCGGUUUCGGCUACGACUCUGCCAAGUGGACCGCUGAGUGGUAUGCCGUUGGCCUCAGAGCUUACGAGAGCGUAAUCCAUGAUAUUGCUCGUAAAUAUUCGGUUGGGGAUGAUGUGACAAUGGCAGACGCGUGCCUGGCACCUGCCAUUUGGAAUUGUGAGGCAGUCGGUUUAUCUUUGGAUGAAUUCCCCACGGUGAAGAAAGUGUAUGCAGAGUUGAUGCAGCUCGAGGCUUUUCAGAACAGCCAUUGGAAGGCACAGGUUGACUGCCCCGAAGAUCUCAAAUGA